AUGAGUGAAGGGCGCUUGGAGUCGCUGGCCAAGCUGUCGAAGAUCCUUCAGGAGAAGGGUGAGGUGCCGAGCGGCCUGUGGGCGGAAGCCGGCUUGAAAGUCGGCUCGCGGCAGAAGGACGUCGAGGCCGCAAUCAAAGCAGAAAAGAAGUCCAAGUCAGCCGCCAUCAAAAGAACCGAAGAAGAGUUAGAGAGAGCGGCGCAGGCGGAAGAGGCGCGUAAAUUGGGUGUAAAGGUGGAAGAGCUUCAAGACAAGAUGAGUGCCAUGGAAAAGGAAUUUGACAUCAAUAACAAGAAGGCCCGGGAAGAGGAGCGCAGAGCGGGUCGUUCUAAAAAGGAGAAGCAGCGCGAAGCCGACUACGGAGAGUAUGACAUGGACACCGAGCACGUUUAA